GAGUACGUAGGAACUAUAAGGUUAUAAAUAAUCAUAAUUACACCACAUUUUUCCAGUAAAAUAUUAUUGCUUAAUACCAUUUUUAUUGCUUUAAUUCAAAAGAAUUAUACUCAGAUUUAUAAAAAAAUUUUUAGGUUAUGUCGACUGUCAACCCUAUUUUUAUACAUUUGACAAUAAAUUUUCAAAGAUUAAUUAAUUAACUUAAUGUGUGCAUAUUUUACCUUAAAAUUUAAAAUCGCAUCAAAAUUAAAUUAUCUAGUGUAUAAAUAAAUAACCUCGGAAUAUUCCAGAACAUAACCUAACCCAACUUUUCUGUCAGUGAAGAAAAUUCUAGACAAGCUAGAGCAGCCGAUUCGAACCAGUGUGUAAAUGUAUUUAUUAAAAAGUAUAUUAUGAGAUACAUAUAACCGAGACUUCGAUAAACCUUAAAAUAUUUCGAAUUUAAAAUGGAUAAUGAAAAUAAGUUGCCACAAAUUAAACAAAUUGAACAAGAGGAAGUUAAAAGUACAGCUAUUGUUAAAUAUUCGGUUCCAAAACCGGCACAAUUUAACAAAUUGGAAUGCAAUACGGAUUUAAAUUUGCCCCCAUCAAAUUGGUUGAGUAGUUCGGUGGAUUCAUAUGGUUUACAACAUGUUUUGUAUCACCAAAAGGGAUUUUCAAGCUUUCGUAUGGCGCACAUGUUUCCCGACUGCGUAGGGGAGGUAGACAUAGUCUCGGACGCGGAAAACAUAAAAAACCUCCUAAAAAUCCCGUACCACAAAGGUCACAUCAGCAUGAUGGUGCACAGGGUGGAGAACACCUUGCUAAUAGACGACUUCGACAUCUACAAGCACCUGCUGAAGACGGCCGAGUCGGAGUGGGAAUGGCUGCGGAAAUUCUUCCUCGAGCAGAUCAACAGCGAGACGUGCGAAGAAGACAGGAGCCUCUACGGGAAGCAGAGGAGGCGCGAGGCCUUGAAGCAGCGCAGCCUGGCGUCCAAAUUUUUGUACCACAGCCUGGUCGAGAGCGAUCCCAGCGAGACCGCGGAUUCGAGCGUCAACAAGUCGGGGGGGCCGCUGCCGGUGAAAGGGCCCCUUCUGCCCGAGCCGUCGCCCGCCACCGAGGCCCCGGAUUCCGACAACUUCGACCACAAGUUCAACAGGAACGUCGUGUGGACUUUCGAGGACAUCGAGAUGUUGUUAGGCACAGACAUGCCGAUUUUCGGCGGCGGCACGCACCCGUGCAUCUCGCUGCGCCUGCGCGACAUGAGCAAACCGAUCAACGUUUUAACGGGCAUCGACUAUUGGCUGGACAACUUGAUGUCGAACGUUCCCGAAGUGGUCAUGUGCUACCAUCUGAACGGGAUCGUGCAGAAGUACGAGCUGAUCAAAACCGACGAUCUGCCCAAGCUGGAUAAUUCCAAGUUUUCACCGAAAUUGAUCAGAGACGUCGCUCAAAGUAUACUGUCGUUUUUGAAGAGUAACGCUACGAAAGCGGGUCAUACGUAUUGGUUGUUCAAGGGAAAGGAUGAGGAGGUGGUAAAGUUGUACGAUCUGAGCUCCCUGUGCUCGGAAUCGGACGUGGACAAGGGUCAAAACCCGUUCACGAUCCCGGUCGCGAUGCUCUUGUACCGCGUGGCGCGCAACAUGAAGCACUCGACGGACCGCCGACAGCCCGGCACGAUACGCAUGCUGCUCAAGAACUGCCUCGAGCUGCUGCCGCCCGAGAAGUACCCGGAAAUCGUCACGUCGUCGCACUUCAUGCUGUCGGAUCUGUUCGUGCCGGCGAGCACCGAUCCGGAAGCGCCCGACCUCGACCGACCGGAGACGGACGAGAGCGAUCCCGUGUACGACGACGACGACGGGAGGGAAGGGGACGAGGACGAGGACGAACCCAAGAAGUCUGCCACCAAGGUGUUGGUUCUGGAUCCGUUCGACACUGUGGAGUCCCUUACGAACUACCCGAAACCUCCACCGCCAAUUGGGGGCGGCCUUGAGGAAAGGUGUCUGCAGGCCCUGCAGCACAUCGCCAACGGCUUGAGCUGCCUCAAGCACUUCCCGCAGACGAGCUGCGAUCUAGGAGAUGCCGGAGCGGCCGAAGACGACGAGGUCCCGAUGGCGAAGCCGUUCGAGGCCAUCCCGAUGCCGUACGCGAGACUGAACGAGACCGAGCCGGAGAAGCAGCAGCAGGAGAAGAGGAGCAAGAAGAGAGACAGGAAGCACAGGCGGCAGGAGAAAGGCAACGCCGCCGCCGCGUCCACCGAGAGCGCCCUGCUGCUCAAAAACAAGAACGAAGCGAGGCCGUUGCCGACGUGGCAGGACCAGACCGGGCUCGACGUCUCGUGGAAGGAGCACCUGAAGACCUUGCUCUACGAGAAGGCGGUCCUGGUUUUCGCCAUCCUGGCGGAGUUUCACUACGGCGGCGCGCGGUACGGGGCCAGCUUGAGGAGCGUGGGCCUCUUGGCCAGGUGCGAGCUGGUGCUGUCGAGGAUUUACAAGUCGAACGCCGUCAAGGAGAACUAUUUGCUGGGCAGAGCUGGAGAUUGCGCCAUCAUGAUGGUACAAAAUUGGAGCAAGGUGGACUCGUACCGCGACGAGCUGCAGAACCACUCGGACGAGGAUUACAAGAUGAUGGAGCAGCUGGAGCGGGACGAGCGGCUCUCGAACAUCGACAUCGGGCGCUCGGUGUUCAGGUGCGCCUUCCUCUACGACGUCCGCACCGUCGAGCAGAUGCUGAUGCAGGCGGUCGAGUGCUACGAGGGCGCGCUGCAGAUAUCGCCCGCCAGCGACGGCGUGCUGCGAAGGCUCGGCAACAGCGUCAACGAGGUGGCCUCGUACUUCCUGCACAAGGCGAAGAACGCCAAAACGGAGGAGGCCAUCAUCGAGGCGUGCAAGCAGGGCGAGCCGUACCUGAUCAGGGGCUUGGAGGUGUUCGAGAAGGUUAAAGACGACGCGAACAUGGCGCUACUGUACUCGAACAUGGGUCACUUGCAUCGCCUGCUAGCGCACGCGAACUCGCCAUCCGAACGCGGGGAGUUGACGGCCAAAGAGCGCCAUCACUACAACAAAUCUUUCGUGAACUACAAGCGGGCAAUUCAGGUUUUGGGCGACAGGAAGCACUGCCCCGCCAUAUGGGACGCGGUCAAGUGGGAACUGUCCACCGCCCUCCUCAACAUGGGCAGUACCAUGCACGACUUUCCAACCUCCACUUUGUCGCAAACUGAAGCCGAGAAGGAGGUGAUAGAGACCCUGCAAACGGCCCUGAAAUACUGCGAUUUGGACGAGGAAAACGCGAAAUUUCCCCUCUAUCAGUACCGAGCGGCCCUCAUACACUACAGAAUCGGUUCUCUGUACCACCGGCACGUGUACAACAACGCGAGCGAGCAAAACAGGAAGAACAUCGUCCAAUUGGCUCGAAUCAACUACGAGAAGGCUUCGAACUUGUUUUUUUCCUCCGCCGACACCGUCAAUUAUUUGACGUCGCAAAUGCAGAGAUUCGCUCUUUCCGAAUAUCUAGCCGAAAGUACCAACAUUCUAAACACAAAAAUAAAAAAUUACCAGCACUGCCUACAAAUCGUGAUAGAGAUUGUUAGCUUGUUAGAGCUUCUAAUCACAAAAAAAAUAGAAGUUAUAACUGAAAAGGAAGAUUCAGAAUCUCAGGACUCGUUUAAAAGCAACUACUCUCUCCUAGUAUUAGUAAAAAAUAGAUUACAAUGCGUUUUGAAGACGUUAAUCAAAAUUUGCCUAACAAAACCACCACCAAAUAAAAAUUGUGCAAAACUUGUUGAUCUCUACAAAAGUUGCUACAAAGUUUCACUGGAUUUAAAAGAUGAUAUGCCAUUUGAUGAUCUGGUUGAAAAACUCCAUUUUGUACUUGGUACUGUUAAAAACAAUAUUGAAGAAUAGGUAGGUAUACACAAUUUUUAUAAACAUUUUUUUGUACACAUUAUAGAUUGUUAUUUAUUAUAAACUGUGAUAAGAAAUAAAGUGC